UUCACAGCAGAAGGAAAAUGAUGGAAGAGAGCGGAAUAGAGGCGACUCCGCCUGGCACACCCCCACCUAGCAGCACAGGGGCCGCCGCUGCCACGCCUGUCUCAUUAGCUUUGUCCAGUCCCCUUGCUACACCGAGCAUGUCAUCUUCUCCUGCAUACUCACCACCCUUGCCAGCUGGAGUGUCUCCGCUUCCUCCUCCUAUGAUGACUUCGGCUCCUCUUCCACCUGUGCCUCCUGCAACAGUUUCUACUACUGCACCACCUCUGACACCUGCCCCACCUCCAGCUGCCCCUUCAGCUUUCAGUACCUCCAUGCCCCACUUCUCUACACCUCUUCCGUUAAGCUCAGCCACUGGCCCUGGUCUUCCUGCACCUCCCACUGGUCCCCCCAUUUCAGGGUUCUCCAUGUCUUCAACCUAUGACAUAACCAGAGGUCACGCUGGUCGAGCACCACAGAGCCCGCUGAUGCCGUCAUUUUCUGCACCUCCGGUCACAGGUGUUUUGGCAGAUCCUAUUACUCAACAGGCAGCUUUCUCAUCACCUUUGGCUCCUGGAGCUGGUUCUGCAAUCACUUUUCCUGAGGAGCGUGAAGAUCCCAGAGUAUCUACUGCCCAAGGCGGAGCACCUGCGGGAGGGCUGUGGGGGUUUAUAAAGGGUGUAGCUGAGAAUCCCAUGGUGAAGUCUGUUCUUGAUAAAACCAAACAUUCAGUGGAGACCAUGAUCACAACUCUGGAUCCUGGCAUGGUUCCAUAUAUCAAAACUGGGGGAGAACUGGACAUAGUGGUUACUUCUGAUAAGGAGGUAAAAGUUGCAGCAAUUCGAGAUGCCUUUCAAGAAGUCUUUGGAAUGGCGGUUGUUACUGGAGAGGCUGCACAGUCUAACAUCGCACCCCAGCCUGUGGGCUAUGCUGCAGGUUUAAAAGGAGCCCAAGAAAGGAUAGACAGCUUGCGUCGGACAGGAGUAAUACAUGAAAAGCAGCCUGCUGUAUCAGUAGAAAACUUCAUUGAGGAAUUGCUUCCUGACAAGUGGUUUGACAUUGGAUGUCUUAUUAUUGAGGAUCCAAUUCACGUUGCAGUACGGUCAGCAGAAUGGUUACUGACAAGGGUUGGUAAUGCUGAAGACAGAAAUAAAACUACUCGUUUCAAACUCUGUCAAUAUUCACUUCUCAAAAUGUUACAGGCGAAGAGUCUCACUCCUCAGGACUACAGUCUGAGAUGGUCAGGACUGCUGGUGACCGUGGGCGAGGUGCUCGAGAAGAGCGUGCUGAACGUCAACAGGACUGACUGGCACGUGGUAUUCACCGGCAUGUCCCGCCGGCAGAUGAUCUACAGCGCGGCGAAGGCUCUGGCGGGAAUGUACAAACAGCACUUACCGCCCAGGGCCGUGUGA